CAAAGGUCUACAAUGCCUUGGUGUACUUGACAGGAUUAGAAAUUAUCCUGAUGCCAUGAGAGGACUCUUUGUCCAUAAAAGCGACCUUCUUCUUGAUGCAGUGGAAAUGGACAACAUGUUCCUUGUUGAGUUCUCUGAGGAAGGCAGUAACAAGUAUAUAAAUGAAUUAAGAAUACAGACUUACUGGAGAGAUUAUUUAGUUGAAAUAGAAGAUACGCCGGACAAAUUCAAAUCUAUCUUGGCUUUUGUCACUGGGUUGGAUUCAGUUCCACCUUUGGGGUUUUCUCCACCACUCAAAUUAAAGUUUCGUCAUCCAGAAGCAGAAGAAAAUUUCAGUGUGUUUGCUACCCCUUAUGCAAACACAUGUUCCAACACUCUGAGCAUUCCUGUCACCGAAACAUACAGUGCGUUCAAAGAAGUCAUGGACAAUGCACUAGAUUUGGGUUGUUUAUUUACUGAUUAUUGAGAAAUGUUAGGUGGUGUAUAUAUAUCCAUGUGUUUAACUCACAGGUUAGAGUUAAGAUAUUAAAGUGUGCAUGUGUUCAGAUUGUAUUUAGGUUUUAUGAUGUGUAUUUUAAAAAGUCAAAAAACUUUUUAAUAUUUACAAAAUUGUUCACUGAUUGAAAUUGUGUGAAUUAAUUGUGAAAUGAAAAUGGCAAAUUUUUACUCAUUUUGUUUCAGUUGGUAUUAGCUGGACUUUUAGCAAGCUAUUCAAUAUUUCACUA